AUAAAGGUGGACCCACGUGGACUUCCUCCUUGUUCCAAGACGCACCAGCUCAUGCAUUUGCUCACACCCAGAGGGAGAGACAACACAGGACUGCCACCUCCCAUGCAAAUCACCCCCAGGAGCGCAGCUGGACUCCUCCCGCUGCUCCUGGGCAAUGCUCCUGGGCAGACCUUGUACAAGAUGCCAUCUCGGGCGCUGUGUAUUUUUCCUCAUUGUGGCUCUUUUGAGCGACGCUGUGGGCCUGGUGCUUUUGCUGGUGGGGAUCUUCGCCACACUGAAUUACUGGGACUUCUUGGUCUACACAGGGGCUCUGAUCCUGGCCCUGAGCCUACUGUUCUGGCUUGCCUGGUAUUCCUUCAAUGUUGAGGUGCCUCUUGAGAAGCUGGACUUCUAGUGUGGCCACAGACAAGAGAGAUGCAGGUGGCGUAUGCAGCUAGGAACCUGGAGCCACCUGGACAUGAAGCCCCCCUACACUGAAUGCUCUGCUGGGACAAGAGUUGGCCAUGCUAAGAAUCAGUUCGUGAUUUCUAUCAUGAAGCUGUAGAGCAAGGAAGGUUCCAGUUUGCCUGCUGUACCAUGGGAAUGAGUCAGGCAAGGAGAUAAGUGCAUCCGCUGAUAGUAUCCAAGAGCAACCCAGAUGCUGCCAUGAUGAAGCGUUCACAUCACCCACAAGGACAGCCACAAAUGACUGUGACUACCAGGGCCCUAGCUGGAGCCCAAGCAUCCUGCACCAACCCACAGAGGCUGCUGUCACCAUUUCAGAAAUUUGUGAGGGACUGAGAAACCAUGAAGCUCCACCCAUGGGGCUUGUAUAGGAACCAUUCUGCUACAGACUUUGAUAGCAAGAAAGCCUCUGGUCAAAGUUCUUUCAAAGAACUGCCCAUUGGAAUCAAGCACAGACACCCGGCUGAGGUCACCCUUGAACACUCAUUAUGUAAGACUGCUUCCAUGUAUAUCCCUUUGAUGGUCACUGGACUCUGAGCCCCUGGCUCCCCUUCAUCCCAUGACUCAGGGGACACACGGAAGCAGAGUCCAACAUGGAUACUGAAUCAUGAAUGCACAGCUAAAGUGCAUGCCGGGGACUCUCCGUCCUGAUGAACAUGUUGGCACCGCUCACACAGGCCCGCUUAGGGGAGGAAAGAGCCAGAUCAUGGGGCUGCUCACAUUGAGCUUCAGGUCUACUGAAACCUUCAGGCAUUUUAUUUUGACAAGUGCUCUGGGCUUCUUCUGUGAUGUCUGUGUGUUGUUCAUGACUUCAAGGACAAGACUGUAUUUCUAGCCUAAAUUACAUGUAAUCCAAUACAGCCUGACUCCAGUAUCUCCUGAAGACCACUAUUCCUGGGCCAAAUGGAGAGAAGUGCUCUGUUUGGCAACCCGGGCUGACCUGCUCACUAAUUUAUGUUUCCCAUGGUCUGAUUUUGCACUUUGUAUUUAUAUUAUGCCCUAAAUGUACAUGUUUCCUUGAAAUUGUCCCAUAUCGUUUAUGGUAUGGGUCAGUUGCCUAAAUAAAGACAUGGAUACAUGGG